CAAUUAAUAUGAUUAAUAUGAUUAUUGUUGUAGGAGUUUGUUAUGGGACUAUCAGUAUUAUCUAGAGGAACUCUUCAGGAGCGGUUACAAUGGGCUUUCAAUCUAUAUGACAUUAAUGGCGACGGCUUCAUCACAAAAGACGAAAUGACGGACAUCGUGUCGGCCAUUUAUGAGAUGAUGGGCCGCUUCUCAGAACCUAUGAUUGACGAGAACACAGCCAAAGAGCACGUGGAGAGAGUCUUUCUUAAAAUGGAUACCAAUCGAGAUGGUGUUAUUACAUUUGACGAAUUUAUGGACACGUGCCGGAGGGAUGAAAAUAUAACUAAAGGAAUGGCCAUUUUUGACACAGUCCUUUAACAGUGUGAUAACAGUUGCAUCAGAUGUGAAAACCAAAACUCUUUGGGUUGUUUUCUUGCCAAGGUGAACAAUAAACCUGAUGUCUGAUUGAGGAAUACUGAAUGAGAAGAUUGUGGUGGAAAUAUUGCCAAAAUAAGCUCACUAGAACCUUUCCACGAGACCAAUCAAUGUUUGUCCAUAUCUGCACUUCCGGUCUGUUUAUAAGGGGGCGUGGCCUGGCAGAUACAUGCCUUUAGUUCACCGAGAUCUCGUUUUUAAUCCUGUAGUUUAGGAGACUGGCAUCUCCCUUCUAGUUAUGAUUCAGUCUGGAAUCGUAAUACCCAUGAAUUCUACCAAUCAAAUUGUUUCAUCACAGUUACUACUCGUUUGAAGCACAUUAACCAUGACGGAGCCAAAGACUUCUUUUUUGGAGUUCACGCCGUUUUUGGAUUUCGGCUAGACUGUUAACCUUUUGGACAGCUACCUGUGCAAGAAGACUCUUGCUUCAGGGCUCUCUGGAGAUCCAUAACAUUUAUAUGUAUGUUAUAUACACGGAAUAGGUAUAUCUUGUAUACUGAUCUCCUAUCAAUGAGAUGUUUUCAAGAAUGCAAUGCAUGUUUUCGAGAAAAAAAAAUCAAAAGUUUUUAAGAGGGCAUCGGUAUAUUCUUUACACAGGACAAUUCAUAUAAAUGUGUAAGGUAUAUGCGUAGAAAGAUAAAACCAUACUCACCAUGUAAUUUAUUCAAGCAUUCACAGUAGUAUUCAUUGUGAAAAAACAUUUAUGAUUUUAUUUCAACCCUAUGGUCAGUUGUACGAAUUUCAUUUUACUUGUUCGGUCUUUCAAUGUCCUUGUAAUAUUUGUUUGACAGACAGGUACCGAGUAGUUAUAAAUUCUUUUAAUUAUUUAUCAUCGUUCAAAAGAUUGCUUAAAAUAUAAUGAGGCUAGUUUACAAUUUCGGUGCAUACUUUAUUUGUUGAAUUAUUUUGUUAAAUCAUUAUAACAAGGAAUUGUCCUGAUAUUUUUCUUUGGGUGUUCAGAUAAUGAUGAUGGACUUCAUUUAGAUUUUGAAGAGCAGUAAUGCUCAAAGAAAUAAAAGAUGGCGGGUGACUUUUUCAGCUUGGCCUUCAAACCAACAUGUCUACUGAAUCACGUGAUAUGUAAUACCAUGUGAUUGGCUGUUAUUAUUGUUAGACUUAAUGUUAUUGGUUGCUUCAGUUGUUGGGUUGUCAAUUAUGUUUCAAAUCUGUGAUUUUCGAUAGGCAUUCCUACCGUUCACCAUGACAUAAAACUGUAAUCAUUUAACCUAUAACCUUUGUCAAGUUGACCUUUAAUGUUUGUAGUAUGUUAUUUAUAAAUUAACCCCUGUGUCAGAAUUAUAUUAUGAAGGUAUCCCACGUUCCAUUUACUUUAUCGUUUCAAUGUACUUUACAAAGUAUUGGAAAUUAUUGUUGCCAAUAAUAAAAUGUUCUCAAAGCCAGUGCUCUUUAA